UCUUGCAUUUCAGUGACUCGCUGCUCUCUGUUCAGUCCCUUUCUAAGGCUCUUGUAGGUGUUUUUGCUUUUCUUUUCUUGACACUUUCUUUUCCUUUUACCUACCAGUUGUCCAGGUUAUUUUCCUUUAUCUGGUACAUCCAGACAGGAGCCCUCCUUUUUUCUGCUUCAGCAUUUUGGCUACUGUGAUGUUGAUGCCCCUUGAGAAAAGAUUGCAGUAGAAAUACAUAGAAAAGCACCACUCCAAUGUUGUCUCAUUUCUGCCGUCAGACAAAAGUUCACUUGAAGACUGACAGAGAGAAAGAGGGAAAAGGCAGUCAUCUGAUGUGACAGGAGUUUUAGGCAGGGAAGAAAGUGGAAAAGCCAAAUGUGUGGCUUGGGAAACUGGACAGUGGAAGGUAGUGACAGGGACUUGGCAGGAACUGCUGGGGAGGUGGUAUGCUUGCUGCACUGACAUUGUGCUCUGCUUUGGAAGGUGUAGCCAGGGCAGCAGUGGACUGUGUAUAGGAAUGGAGGCAGUUGGCAGAAUUCAUAGGGACCGGUGUGCAUGCAUGAAAUACUGGUUGUGUGCCUUUGUGUGCUGUACUGUUUGGCCUUGCCUAGCUACUCUGUCGGCAGCUCUAAUCUACUCCUUGCUUCCUCUUCUCAGGGCUGUGAGAGUGGUCCCUUCAGCUGGGGACGUACUGUGGUCUUCCUCAUUUCCUGUGGCCCACAUUGCCCUCUGUCCAGUAAAGUGUUUGAAGUAGUGCAGAGUAAAACAUGUAUAUGGAAUAAAUGGAGGAAAAAAGGGGAUAGGUCUGUGGGUAAGAACAGAGUUGGGUCAGGUGCGGGAUCUAGGGUGAAUGGUUUCCCAGGAAGGAGGAUGUGUCAGUGCUGUUUUGCACUGCAGCCUUCGCCAUGGAUGAUACUUGUUCAGGACAUAUUCCAUCCCUCUGAGGAAGAGGGGAGAGACAGAUCCUAACCCAUAGACAGGUGCACCUCCAAGGUCUCUUUCAUAAGGUGUAAUGGUAUUGUAAUAAUCUUUAGUAUAAACACUUUUUUUAUGUCAGUAUUGUGAAAAAUUUGGUAAUAUUGUCUGUCACUGUCUUGUCUUGCACAUGUGUUUGGGAGCAAAAUAAGCUUCUGGAUAAGGUAAGGUACUCCUUGUGUGUUCUCCUUUUAUAAAAGUUUAGAUAAAGCAUUUCUGUAUCUUGGGAGUCUGGUGGGCUUGCAGCAGGGAGAUGGCAGUUGUGUAGUGAGUAAUAUUUUAUCUAUAGGUGAUAUUGGAGAUAGAAACAUGAGAAGGAAGGGGGAGGAAUGAGGUGGGACAAAGGGUGAGGUUGAAUAUGCUUUUGCUAGAGCUGUCUCCUUUUUCUCAGUUUUCUCCUUUCUCUAUGUUUAUCUAUUUUGAUGCUUAACAAAGGGAACUGAAGGAAGUUCAAAGAUAGCAGACGUAGAUCGAGAGUAGAUUUGGCUUGCUGACCUUGUUCUCCAGGCUUUAAGGUGUCCCUUACAGAAGCAGAAAAGUGGGCCGGCAGUCUGAUCCUUGUGACCAGACAGUCUCCAGGAGGGGUGAACAUGAGAUGGCUGUGCCCAGGAUCUUGUCUCUUCUGAAUGACUGUCAAAUACCCCUGGCUGAUUGACAGGCAACAGCAGGCCCAGUGGCCUGCUCUUCGCUGGAAAAAGGCCACAAUGUGUAGAUUGACAGACAACAGAGAGAUCUUAAAUACAAGCUCAAGUGAGAAGCAUUUUCUGGGCCAUUUGUUUCUGCUGACUCUGUCUGGGUCAGAGGGUGGGGAUGAGUAUGUGGGAACGGAGAGAGCUGCUCUGCUCCAUAAACAUGGAGCUACGAAAACUGACAGGAGGAGAAGUUUCUAGCUCUGCACAAAGCCUCAGUUUUGUCUGUUGCUGCCUCCUGCUGCUUCCCUGCUCCGAGGCCGCACCCACAGUCGGUUUCCUACAUGAAUACUUGCUGCAUUCACCUGCUUGGCUUCCUGUGCUGGUCCCUCUCCUACCUCAGCCUUCCUUUUCUGCCUGUACCAGUUAUAGCCAUUGGUUCUCUGCUGAUCAUUCAUUCCCCUUCUUUCUUUCUCCAGUUUCCUUCAUGCAUAGAAGUGCAAGGAAUAUCUUAAGAUUUGUGAUGAUCAGGGAGGGCAUUGAGCUGGGGCUUUGGGGACUACAGAGGAUUUGGGUGGUUAAUUUGGAGAUGCAGGCCCAAAUUACAUUUAGAAUUAUAUAUUGUCAUAGUAUAAUUAUAUAUUUAGCAAUUAUAAAAUGAUGAGAUAAAGAUUAAAUAAACUAUUUUUAAAGUUUUUAUUUUAUUUAUUAAUGCUACAAACCCCAUUUUCUUCUCACCUGUCUUGCAUACCAUCUGGAGUGCACGCACCUUGCUUUGGAGACCACUAGCGUGCUACUCCCCAUUACUUUCUCAAUCUUUAACUGUUGAUAAUUCAGAGAAGUUUCUGAGCCAAAUAUGUCUUCCAUGUCAUUAGCACCCCUUUGGAAAGAGGCUCCAGUCUGACUGCCCACUGCAUGGCAAGCUAUCCCCUUUUGGUUGUCUGUGAGCCUGACUCCUCCUAGCCUCUGAUGGCCAAAGUUUAUUAUUCUAGAAGGGGCAGUGAACAGUCAAUCCCCAGCUGCCCUCUCCAGGCCACUCAUGACUUUGCAGAGCUCUAGCAAAUGCCCCCUUAAAUUAACUUGGAUCACCUAUUUCCAGAUGAAAAAUCAUAGUAUAUUUACUUUUACUCAUAUGGAUGCAGUUCCAUAUCUUAAUAAUUUCCGUGCCAUUCUUUGUACUUUUUGCAGAUACACUCUACCAUUACUGAACUGCAGGAACCAGAACUGCACACAGCAUUCAACGUGUGGUCAAACCAUGGACAGUGGCACAGUGAUGUUCUCUGUUCCCUUCCUUGUCAUUUCUUUUGUUUAAUGGCUAUUUUGACCUCUACGACCUGGAAUGCCAUCAGGAGCUCGAAUGCCCCAUCAGGGGGCUCCCAUGGGUCCCCCAGGCCCCCCAUAUGUUGGAAGCCCCUCAGUGCGACCUGGGAUGCCCCAGACUGUGAUGGAAACAACAAGAAAACGCACUGCACCACAGCAGGUCCAGCAACAGCAGGUGCAGCAGCAAGUGCAACAGCAGCAGCAAGCCACUCAGAACCGAACUAGGAGUGCCAAGAGGAGGAAGAUGGCUGACAAAAUUCUCCCUCAGAGGAUCCGGGAGCUGGUUCCUGAGUCCCAGGCCUACAUGGAUCUGUUGGCCUUUGAACGCAAACUAGACCAGACCAUUAUGCGGAAGCGUGUGGAUAUUCAGGAAGCGCUGAAGAGGCCAAUGAAGCAAAAGCGGAAACUGAGACUUUACAUCUCCAACACAUUUAAUCCUGCAAAAUCUGAUGCUGAUGACUCUGAUGGCAGCAUUGCUUCAUGGGAGCUGCGAGUGGAGGGGAAGCUCCUGGAUGACCUCAGCAAACAGAAACGGAAGUUUUCAUCUUUUUUUAAGAGUUUGGUUAUUGAACUGGACAAAGAUCUUUAUGGACCUGACAACCAUCUUGUGGAGUGGCACAGAACUCCCACAACCCAGGAGACAGAUGGCUUCCAGGUGAAAAGACCUGGUGAUGUCAGUGUGCGGUGCACAUUACUCCUCAUGUUGGACUACCAGCCUCCACAGUUUAAACUGGAUCCACGAUUAGCUCGUUUGUUGGGGAUACACACACAGACCCGAUCAGCCAUCAUCCAGGCUCUCUGGCAGUACAUCAAAACAAAUAAGCUGCAAGACUCCCAUGAUAAGGAAUACAUUAACUGCGACAAGUACUUCCAGCAGAUCUUUGACUGUCCACGGCUAAAGUUUUCUGAAAUUCCUCAGAGACUCACUAACCUGCUGCUGCCACCAGACCCUAUAGUGAUAAACCAUAUCAUCAGUGUCGACCCCAAUGAUCAGAAGAAGACGGCUUGUUAUGACAUAGAUGUAGAAGUUGAAGACCCAUUAAAGGGACAGAUGAGUAGUUUUCUUCUCUCAACAGCUAACCAACAGGAGAUUACAGCAUUGGACAACAAGAUUCAUGAGACAAUCGAAUCCAUAAAUCAGUUAAAAAUACAACGUGAUUUCAUGCUGAGUUUCUCCAAAGAUCCCAAAGGAUACAUCCAAGAUCUUCUGCGGUCCCAAAGCAGGGAUCUUAAGGUGAUGACUGAUGUAGUUGGGAACCCAGAGGAAGAACGCAGAGCUGAAUUUUAUCAUGAGCCAUGGUCUCAAGAGGCUGUGAGCAGAUCCAGCAGCGCCGGCAGGAACUGGAACAAUCUCUGGGAGUGCGCAACACAUAAGUACCGCUCACAAGAUCUCAUUGGCAUCAUGACCACCAAACCAGUGGACUUUUCAGUGUUACUUAGCUCACUGUUACACAUGGACCUGCUUCCUGACUGGAUGAGAAUGUACUAUCAACACACCAGUCAGAACACCAGCUUUAGAGUGACCCUUGAAAAUCUUGCCCGUUGGGGGUGUCUCAAACCAUUCCAGGCCAAAGACAGCGCAGUACAAGUGUUAAAGAAGAUUAAAGGUUCAUUCAUCAACAUGCAUCAUUAAGUUUUACCAGAAAGUUCAAGACACUACACAGCAAAUCCUAAUGGGAUAUGCAUAGAAUCAUGGGUGGCAUUGAUGGGGGAUGUUGAGAUGGGUGUUAUAGGAGACUUCAGAUUUAGAGAAAUAAAUGCAGUUCUCAUCCUAUGUUACCUAAGAGUCUUAAAUCAUAAAUUCUGUGGAAUUAGACAAGAUAGUCUUUCUUAUAGCUGUGGACUGCUUUAUAUUCCUGAACAGAGUUUUUAUUACAGCUGGAGCAGUGCAAGAAGCCAUCUCACCAUGUGAAAGAACAAACUAAGAGGAUUUUCAUUCCUGGAAUGAAGAGCCCCUCUGGAAGAAAGAAGUAUAGUCAGCCCAUCUCUUCUGCGAACUCUAAUAUUUCCUCUUUCCCUUGCCCCUGCAGUGAAAGGUAGACUGAAUUACGUAUCACUAGAUGGGUAUGAUCAAUGUGCUGUACUGAGAGGAAGAGAAUUAUCCCUGGGAUAAGAGCUUCUUAGGCAUCCUUAAUAUCAGUGGUGUUGGCAAAGCUGAGGUCGAAGCAAGAAAUGAGGCAUUCUGAGAAAAUGAAAAUAACUUAGUGGUGCUUUGCUGAUAUCUGCCUUGAACACAGCAGAUAUUAACAAUAAGCAUAUAUGUAAAAUAUGAGAUUUCUUAAAUGUUUCUCUGUGUGCCAGGAGGGUUCAGCACUGGAAAGAACUUACCUAAUUGUUACGUUGGUGCAGAAUCCAAGAAGCUUAACUUCAUAUAAUGUGCCAGUUUUCUCUUUACUUCAAGAUGUUAAUGGAGUCCCUGGAUUGUUCUCACAUUUUGAUCAUAGGUGAACUGCCUCUUACUAUGAAUUAUUUAGUUCCCUCAUACAUGAUAUGUACUGGUUAUAUAGGAUGCUGUUGAGUUAUAAAGCACUAUCAGCCUUAAAUAGCACAGAGAACGUAUCCCUUGGAAACCAUCUUUGUAAAUGUAUGGCAAAUUCAGACUGGGGAUUUACACCAUAUUUACUUGGAAGCAGGGACAUCUUCAUUAAACCCUCCCCCCCCAUUGUGAGUAAUGCAUAAAAUAGUUUGUAAUCAAGGCCCAACAAGCUUUCUAGUCCAAAAAGCAGCUGCCAGAUGAUGUGGCACUCAGAAUCCUCUUCUAGGUUACUCCUUUUCAUCUCCUGUCUUUCACUUUCUUCGAAAGAGAAUCAAAUUCACAUGUGGUACAGAAGGGAGGCAGCGCUUCUGAAUAAUGCAUUUUGCUGUAGUAUUGUCCUUUUCUCUUCUGCUAUCUUGGCUAAUUUCUUUCUUAGCUGAACUUAAAAGUUUCUUACGUCCAGUCACAGAAGAGUCUUCUCUUCCACCCCUUUAUUUAAUACCUCUGCUUUCACAUUAAUAUUGCCAUAGCUUUUACUCUGACCGUUGCGUUCAGAGGUGUCUUGGAAAAUACACGUUUUAUUGCAGUCAUAUGAUGGCAGUACUGUCACGCAAAACCACUGGUGUAAGAAAAAGCAUAGCUGUAUCUCUUUGCCUGAGGCCUUGUACUGGGAAUGGCUUCAUAUGGAACUUCUUUUUGUGUCAAAACCUCUUUUUACAGUAAAACGUGAAGUCCUGCAGUCUUAAACUGAGUAUAGCGAGGGGCUGUGAGGCUGCCAGACACUGAAUGACUUGAAAUCUUAUUUACUUUAGGACUCCACUAAUUGGACUACAAGCAAGCAUUAUGAGGGAAAACAGUGGAAACAGUGGGGGUCAUCUGCUACUGUGCUUCCAUAUUUAUUACGCUGCUGUGUCAGUUGUGUGCAUGCUGUCCAGUGUAUAAAACUCUUUUCUGUAUGUGGUAAACAGAGCAGUUACAUUCAGGGGAUGCAUUCAGUCUCCAGGAACAAGAAAUGUGGAGAAAGAUAUGCAAGGAUGUGAGAAGGGCAUGGGACUGGGAUAGAUGCCUGCAGGAUGUCUGCCAGGGAAUUCUGUUUUUUGAGAACUUUCCCAUUGACAUAGCAAAUAUUUGUAUAGAGACAUUUCAGUCAUGUGCCACAGCUGGCAACGUAAUAGAGUCCAGCCUGCUUUUAGAAUGUAGAAUGAAUUAGAUGAGUCUGUUUCCAAGUCUCUUUUGGAUCAAAUUAAUGAAACUAAUGUGGUGUUGCUGCCCCGUGGUCACAAUGGCGUCACUGGAAGGUGAAUCAUGUUAAGCACCAAUGCUAUGCUGGAGAGUGUGUGUGCAUGCGCGCGUGUGUGCAUGCGCAAGCACAUGCAUAAGUCAGCCACUGUAGCUGGCACUGAAGAUGGCAAUCCAAAAGCUAAAUACUUAUAUCCCACUGUCCAUAUUCCUACUGUACAUAAUAUGACUGGUCACCAACAGUAAGUCUUGGGAAUAGUUGUCAGGUGCCUUUCCUCUGGUUAAACUGGGGUUUGAGAUUCUGAUGCUUUUUUCCUGUGUUCAGAAGCAGUUCAGGCCUUUUAAUGAAGAGACACAGAGAAAUUUUGUCCCCUGUUCCAGGAGUGCAGCCAGGAGCUUGCUUGUUUGCAAAAAAGGUAAAUUAUAUUUGAAGGGAAAUAAUGGAGCAAUACUGGGAGGAACUGGACCAAAUGCUACUUGGGCAUACAAAAAUGAAAGGCAGCGGUACUGAACAGGCAUGUAAUUGUGGCAGGUUGUGAAUGAUAAAUUCAUUUUAAGUUCAGGAUGGUUGUCUGUGUGUAUGAAAGAUGACAAGAUGUUUUGGGGUCUUCAGUUGCUGCCACAGUACAAUACAAAUCUGUCCAUACUACAAAAAAAACCAUUCUGUGCAUAGAAGUAGUUAAUGUAUAGAUAAUAAUAUAGAUUGUUAGAAAAUAUAGCAUAAACUGGGAAAGGAUUAAAACAGAAUUCUGGAGUGCCAAUAGAAGGGAACUAUAUCUUGGAGCUGAAGUGUUGACAUGGCAGGUUUGAAAUACUCUUUUUAGUCCUUUGAGCUGUUGGCCAUAAGUCAGGAUUCAGACCAAGCGUUUCUUAGAAAUUAAAGGGAACACAAAUUUUUGAUUAUGGAAUAGAGGAAUACAGCAGUGGAAAAAUGAAAUAAAAAGAUGGAGCAGGGUGCCACUGAACUGCCAGUAAGACAUAGCACAGGAUAAUAAUCUUAUUUAGACUCUGCUCUUCCCAGAAAGGUUGGGCUAGAUGAUCCCUGAGGUCCCUUCCAACCUGGGAUUCUGUGAUUGUGUGAUGUGCAGGACACUGUUGGAAAUAGCACAGUCCAUGUGAGUCAGUAUAUUUUGUGUGCGUGUGUGUAUGUAUACAUGUAGAGAGCAUGUGGUAGAGAGCCAGUCUCAACUUGUAUGUAGCCUGGGCAAUAGGCAUGCAGGGCAGAACCAAAUGUUCUGCAAAUAACUUUGAGACACGUUGUCAAAACAUUUUCCAGUGUUAUCAACAGGGAUUCAAUUUUUCGACUUAGCAGGGUUGGUAGUUGUAGUGCAGACAUUGUUUCAGCUGGCAGGUUUUAGACACCACAUUGUAAUAGAAUUUAUCCUGUGGAAGCUGAGUGAAAAUACUAGUGCGUAUAUCAAGAUUGGUGCAUAUCCCAGGGCUCCUAAUUUUGCCAAAAUGCUAGUCAGGUAUUGAGGGUUUUUUGGCCUGUUUUUGUGUUGAGAACCCUUUAAUGGCAGUGCAAAUAGAUGAGGGGGAAAAGAAAGAUCUUUUUUCCUGAAGAAAGAGGUCUCCUUUCUGUAACUGCUCUGUUGUUUAAUAGGAUGUAUCUGUUCUGCCAGACCCUGUAUGAUAAACACCUUCUCCAAUCUCAUUGAAGAAAGGAACUCGAUUAAAAAAAUACAACUGUG